GGUUUUUUUAAAUCUUUGACCAGUUUCUGUGGGACCACAGUCCACUGAAACCAGUCACCAUGGUUCAGUGGGGACUUCACAGCUUUGUGUUUUUUACGCUUUUCUUCAAAGCACAUGGACAGAUUAAUUCUCAGAGGCUUCGGGGACACUGGAGCAGCAGGUUUAAGUCAUUCGAGAGUUAUUUGGAAACCCACCCGAAUCAAAAACCGAUUAGUUCUUCACCAAGGUUCACCGUAGUGUCUCCGGACAUCCUGAGGACAGACAGUCAGGAGAACCUUUUUUUAAAGGCAGAUGGAGCUACCAACCCCAUCGACGUCUCCAUCUUUGUCAUGGACUUCACCAAAACCUUCGAGCUCUUUCGGGACUCCGUCACACUCAAUCAGGAAAAUGGCUUCUACUCCCUGAAGAGCAUUCAGGUUUCAUCUGAUCGUUUGAACCGUGAGGAGAAAAGGAACAAGUUUGUGUAUCUGAAAGUGAGUUUCGGGGCUCACCACACAGAGGAGAAGGCACUGAUGGUGUCCUUCCAAUCCGGGUACAUCUACAUCCAAACAGACAAGCCCAUCUACAAACCCGGAGACACCGUUCGAUUCAGAAGCUUUGUGUCGUCUCCCUUCUUUAAGGCCAUGGACAGCUCCAUCUCAAUAGAAAUCCAGGAUCCAGCCGGUGUGGUGGUCAAACAGAUCCCCAUGUCCAGAGCUGUUGACGGCGUCUUCACUGACAAGUUUCCUCUUUCUGAAAUCGCCAAUGAAGGAGCGUGGGUGUUGACGGCAAAGUUCGACAACUGGCAGCAGAACACUUUCACCUCCAAGUUUGAGGUGAAAAAAUAUAUUCUUCCCACGUUCAACGUUACACUGACACCAAAGACGACCUUCCUUAGUUGGGACGACACUGAACUGGUCGUAGAAAUUUCCGCCAGGUAUCUGUACAACGAGCCUGUCCAGGGGACAGCUUACGUCGUGUUUGGAGUUAAAAUCAACCAAGAGAUGAAAAGAUUACCAUUGAUGAAGCAGGUGUCAGAUCUGGAUGGAGGAACUGUCACUCUGACUAUGGAGGAGAUCAAGGCUUCUUACCCUGAUAUUAAAGUGUUGGUGGGUCACUCAGUCUAUGUGAAGGCCUCUGUGCUCACCCAGACAGGAAGCGAUCUGGUUGAGGCUGAGAAGACCGGCAUUAAAAUCGUGGAGUCCCCGUAUGAUUUAUCCUUCAGGGACACUCCAAAGUACUUCAAACCAGGGUUGCCAUUUGACGUCACCAUUCUGGUGAGCCACCAUGACGGUUCACCGGCUCAUAACGUCAUCUUGAAGCUGACCUUUCUGGAUACACCGCUGAUAGUGUCAUCCGGCUCUGUCAGAGCCAGCAUCAAUAUGCCAAAAGACAGAAUGCCACAAACCAUCACUGCUGAGACUGCACAUGCUGACCUGAGACCAGAUCAGCAAGCCAGAAAACAGAUCACUGUUAUUCCCUACGCCAGCUUUGACGAAAACCAGAACUACCUUUACAUCUCCACAGGCAGCAACAGGGUGUCUGUAGGAGAGAGUCUGUCCAUGCAGUUCUCUGUCUCCUUAUCCGACAAGACACUGAGAGAGCACAUCAAACAAAUCACCUACCUGGUGGUCAACAAAGGUAAAAUAAUAGCUGCUAAGAACCAGGAUGUAAUGGAUCAGCUGGUCACCACUGUUGACUUGGCGGUAACUUCGGAGAUGAUGCCAUCGUUUCGUGUGGUGGCGUUCUACAGCCUUCCCUGGGUGGGACGAGAGGAAGUGGUUUCGGACUCCGUCUGGAUCGAUGUGGUGGAUACGUGUGUCAGAGGGCUCAAAGUUGGGCCAGUUGACGGCAUGCCCAGAGACUACACACCUGGGAAGAGGUUACACUUUCAGAUCAGAGGAGAGCCGGGGUCAAAGGUCAGCCUGGUGGCAGUGGACAACGCCGUUUACCUCCUGAACAAGGACAGACUAACACAGAGGAAGAUUUGGGACGUGGUGGAGAACGGAGACAUCGGCUGCACCAGAGGAGGGGGUCGAGAUGCUUCUGGAGUUUUUACAGACGCAGGACUUGUUUAUCUGUCCAACACUGGCUUCAAAACUCCAACCAGACAGGUACUGCAGUGUCCCAGCAGUGCCAGAAGGAGGCGCUCUGCUGAACUUCUAGCCCGUAAAGCACGUCUAGAGAACCACUACAAGGAGAAGCUUCAGCAUCGCUGCUGCAGAGACGGUCUGAGGGAUAUUCCAAUGCCGUACUCCUGCACUCGGCGCUCCUUGUACAUCACCGAGGGCCCAGAGUGCCUACUGGCUUUCCGUUACUGCUGCGCCACCUACAGGGACCAGGUGUUUGACACAGCGAUUCCCACCACCCCUCCACCUAUGACCACUGCUCCUCCAACAACCACUCCUCCACCCACCUUCUCUUUCCACCCUCAGCAAUUUGUGUUAAAACAACCACGGAUACCUCUCUCACGACAUAAUUUUGAGUGGGGAAGAGUGGAGAGGCCGCAGGUAGCAGGACGGAGUAUGCCUGGAAUGUCCUAUUCAAACGCAGAACAGUUAGAUAGAGUGAGACCUGGAAGUCCUCCUGUUCUCGAGGCCAUGGAGGGAACAGUUCCUAACUUGUACGAAGAAGACUCAGUGGAGGAUGAAGAGUGGGAGGAAUACAUGGAGGAGACCCAAGUGUACGUUCGAUCCAAGUUCUACGAGUCCUGGUUGUGGAUGGACGUUAGUCUGCCGAGCCAAGUGGACAGGGACGGGUUUGCGUUUAAAAAUGUGGACAACGCGUUACCGGACAGCAUCACGGAGUGGGGGGUUCUAGCUAUCAGCGCAUCACUUCAAACAGGUUUCUGUGUUGCCGAGCCGUACAACGUGAGAGCGUGGAAACGUUUCUUUGUUGACCUGAGGCUGCCUUAUUCAGUGGCGAGGAACGAGCAGAUUGAGAUCAAAGCUGUGGUCCACAACUAUGGAUCCGAUGAUCUGCAUGUCAGGGUGGUGCUAAUGAAAACUGAAGGGAUGUGCAGUGUUGCUUUUAAGGACAGACACACACAGGAAGUGUCAUUGGCAGCCGACUCUUCUGUGGCGGUGACGUACACCAUCGUACCGCUGGUGGUGGGAAAGCUUCCACUGGAAGUAAUGGUGGUUGGCCGAAACAACGCGGGGGGUGACCGUGUCCAGAAGUUUCUGAGAGUAGUGAUGGAUGGAGUGGAGAAGACUAAAGUUUGGAGUGCAGUGUUGAACCCAUCUGCUGAAGGAGGAAGUCAGAGGGUUCUAGUAAGUAAAAUUGACCUGAAAUCAGUUGUUCCAAACUCCGUACCAGAGACGUUCAUCAAUGUCAGAGGCAACGUACUGGCUGACAGCAUCGACAACUCCAUCAGCGACGACUCUCUGGCGGCUCUGAUCCGGAUGCCCGGAGGCUGUGUGGAGCAGAACCUGGCCACCAUCACUCUGCCACUCAUUGCCACUCUCUAUCUGGACCGUACCAACAACUGGGAGACUGUGGGGGUGGAUCGGAGAGCUGAAGCCAUACAAUACAUCAGAAGAGGCUACGAGAACCAGCUGGCCUACAGAAGAAGCGAUGGCUCUUAUCCGCCCUACAGAAGUCAAGGAGCAAGCACGUGGAUCACAGCAUACGUAGUGAAGGUGUUCUCCAUGGCUUACUCCAUCAUUGGCAUAGACGAGCAGCAAGUGUGCGACCCUCUGCUCUUCCUGCUGAACAACAAGCUCCACCCUCACAAAGGAGUUUACAAAGAAGACAACCCAGUUUACUCCACCACGAUGACUGGCGGUCUCCGUGGCGACGACCCAGGCAUAACAUUGACAGCCUUCGUCCACAUAGCGCUCGCUGAAGCCAAGCAGGCGGGAAUCGGCUGCAGCAGUUCAGGUGUAGAUAUGGAGGCUGCUAAUCAGUGGACGACUGACUUCCUGCAAAAAGCUCUGCUGAUCCGUGGGAGGAGGCCGUACACGGUGGCCAUCACCUCCUACGCUUUGGCUCUGAUGGGGACCCCUGACCACCUCCACCACUAUUUACUCCAAGCUGCAUCCCCAGACAAGAGCCACUGGCCCGACCUUGAAAAUCACUUGUUCACACUGGAAGCGACCGGCUAUGCUCUGCUCGCUUUGGUUAAGUUGGAACGCAUGGAUGAUGCUGCAGCUCCCUUUAAGUGGCUGAACAGUCAGAGGAGACGAGGCGGCGGCUACGGCUCGACGCAGUCCACCAUGGUAGUGCUCCAGGCACUGUCAGAGUACAUGAUCAAAAGACCGCCUCCUGAUGACCUUAGUCUGAACGUGGACCUCAGGAUGACGGGACGCAAAGAAACGCGUUAUCACUUUAACCCCAAAACAGCCUUCGCUGCUCGCUCCUCCAGGCUGCCUACUGGUGUUGAACUGGAAGUAGUGGCUCAAGGGAGCGGACAGGGAAUACUCGAGGUUGUGACUCAUUACAACCAGCUGCACGAGGUGGCCGAGAACGCACCCUGCAAUGACUUUGAGCUCAGUGUCAGUCUCGACGAAUCCAGCGAAAAGCCUCCAGCUGAUGUGGUGAAGUCCUACCAGAUCACCAUCAAAGUCAGGGCGUUAGGACCCAGAGAUGUCAGAAUGGUGGUUCUUGAUGUUACUCUCCCCACCGGAUUCCUCCCAGAAAACUCCGACCUGGAGAAGCUGUCCAGCUCAGUGGAUCGCUACAUCAGUAACUUCCAGAUUGUUGAUAAUCUGAGUGAAAGAGGUUCACUGAUCGUUCACCUGUUCAAGGUUUCUCACAAAGAGCCAGAGGUCCUAAUCUUCAGGCUUCAGCAGCAUUUUAAAGUCGGUCUCCUGCAGCCGUCCUCUGUUACUGUCUAUGAGUAUUAUAAUCCAGAUCACCGCUGCAGUCGUACUUACUCUCCUAAAGAGGACAAAGAACAACUCACCCGAAUCUGCAACGACGACGUCUGUCGCUGCACUCAGGGGGAUUGCUGUGUCUCAAAAACUGAAAGUGAAACUUUCCCCAACAAAGAGAGGGAGAUAUUUGCCUGCAAGAGCUUACAUCAUGUUUGGCAGGUGAUGGUGCUGAGCGUCAACCAGAGCUACUAUGACAAGUAUGAGAUGGAGAUUACGCAAGUUAUUAAACUGGGUGUGGAGGCUGCAGUUGAAGUGGGUCAGAAGAGGGUUUUCAUGUCUCAUGGAGGCUGCAGAGAAGGACUCAAGCUAAAACAGGGAUCUCUGUACCUCAUCAUUGGUCCUAAAGAUGACCAGUGGACUGUUGACCCUGAAACCAACAGAUUCAUCUACAUGCUGGGAAAGGACACCUGGGUGGAGCUCUGGCCUUCAGCUGCAGAAUGUUCCAGCAGUCCUAACGUUCAAGCAAAAUGCAAAACUCUGAAUGAUGCUGCAAAUGAACUGUCUGUAGAUGGCUGCAGGGCGUAGAAAUAAACACAAAAUCACAGUUCA